CGAGCGCUGAAUCAAAUUUGAUUUUGAAUUCUAGAAAAUUCUAGAGUGAAUCUAAAACUCGGAAAAGCUGCGCAAUAGACAAUCCCCUCCUCUACUUCCGGUGGACAUUGCACAACGUGACGUUAUCGACAAAAUCCCUCGUUCUUCAUCUCAGAACUUCAGUUAUAACGUGAAUAACCGAGUGAAUACACGUGAAAUUUCAAUCAAACCCGUUGAUUACAAAUCAAUUGCCAAUCAUGCCACGACGAGGACGCGCAUCAGGACCUCCUCCAAGGACCGUGAGGCCUGCAGCUGCUCCAGCUAGAGCUGCCCCUGCAGCUCAUCCUCCAGCUCCGGUUCAGGCUCCAGCUGCUAGUCCAAUGGUUGCUGCAGCCCCUCAGGGUCCUGGAUUGAUGGGCCAAAUGGCAGCAACUGCUGGAGGUGUUGCCAUUGGAUCAGCAGUUGGUCACACCAUUGGACACGCCAUGACUGGACUCUUCAGUGGUGGCUCAUCUGAACCAGCAGCGGCUGCUGCUCCAGCUCCAGUGCCACAGCAGAACAUGCAGGCUCCAUCUCAGGCUGGUGGUGCCUGUGCCUGGGAAAUCAAGCAAUUCCUCGAGUGCGCCCAGCACCAGUCAGAUCUCACCCUCUGCGAGGGAUUCAAUGAGGCCCUACGCCAGUGCAAAACCGCUAAUCAUUUGUAAAUGCCUGAAUAGACGAUUCCCCAAAUUAUCCGUUAAUGGAAAUGAUAAUUCCCUUGUCAUUGCUUUUAAAUAUUCCGGAGUGGAAUAUGGAUCCAAUUCGUUGGUGAUGUACUAGAAAAUUAUGGGAAGAGAAUAAAAUUAGUUGUUAAUACGUAAA